AUGGUGCGUAUCAACCAACCUCAACUGCACUCUCCCAAACAAAUCAGCAAACCGCCACUAACAACCCACCAGAGCAAAGACUCCUCCGCAACACACAUCCACAUGCACCAAGCGCGAUUAGCAGACUUCUUCGAGGAAUUCACGCGACCCCACACAUCCUCCUCCUCAAAUCCACACACACUAAACCCAUCCGCAACAAGCACCCAACCAGCCGGCGCCAGCAACGCAAUAACAUACGGCUCCACAACCCAAUCCAGCAUCCCCUCCUUCCUACCAAUCGAGGACAUCUACGUCGCGCCGCAGCACCAGCCGCCGAACCCCGAAGACGAGGACGACGUCGUACCAGACCAGCAUGCUGCGUUCGGGAUCGCGCGCGCCAUGGAGCGCAGACGCGAGGCUGUUUGGAGGGAUCUGGGCUUGCAGGCGCUUGUUAGUGGGCAGGGGCAUGGAGGUGGUGCUGUUGCGGCGACUACGGGGGCGGGUGGUGGGACGGUUGGUUCUGGACCUGGCGCGACGUUGAGGGGGAGUGGUGGUGGUGCGGCGUCGGCUGCUAGUGCCGCUGUUCGGGUGAGGAGUGCGGGUAGAAAGAUGGGUGGGCGGAGGACGGUUGGGCUGCGAUGA